GAAGCAAGCACACCCUUUCGGCAUAUCUUAUUAACAAACAAUACUACGCCCCCAUUCUUUCUCUCUCCCCCUUUUUAUUAGGGUUUCUAAUUCCUCCUAUAUUUCUGCAGUCUCUCUUCUCUAUACGCCAUUUCUCCUUCUUCUUCGUCAAAUCAGGGAUUGAUCUUUUGGUUAGAAGGUUGAUUUAUAGAUCUAAUUCGUGUUUCGAGCUAUUUGGAGCAGUGUAUUUUGGCAUUUUUGAAGAAUUGGACAGUGAUUCGUGGUUUUGCGAGAUAUUAUAAACAUCAUGAGUACUUCUUGGGCGGAUGUUGUCGAUAAUGCACCUUCAGGACCUGAUAAUUACGAAAAUAAGCCUUCGGGGGCGCCUGUUAAGCCCGCUUACGUACCACCGCAUCUUCGUAACAAGCCAGCUGCAUCUCAGCAAGCCGUUACUCCUGCUGUAUCAAAUGGUAGCCUACCACCUAUGAAUGAUAGGUUAGGACACGGUGGACAGACCAGCGGUUCGCGAUGGGGUGCACCUAGGUCGGAUUUCGGUAGACCUGGGUACGGUACUGGCGGCGGUCGAGGCGGUGGUUGGGGAAAUAGAGGCGGUAGGGACUGGGAAGCUAACCCAUUUGGUAACGAUGAAAUAGAAGCUGUUGAGGAAACCAAGUCUGAACAAGAAAAUAACGGUAUCAAUUUCGAUGCUUACGAGGAUAUUCCUGUGGAAACCACCGGGGAAAACGUACCACCGCCGGUUAAUACAUUUGCAGAAAUCGAUUUAGGAGAUGCUCUGAAUCUGAACAUUAGGAGAUGCAAAUAUGUUAAGCCAACACCUGUUCAACGUUACACUAUUCCCAUUUCUUUAGCGGGCCGAGACUUGAUGGCUUGUGCUCAAACGGGCUCAGGGAAAACAGCAGCAUUUUGUUUUCCUAUAAUCAGUGGGAUUAUGAGACAAUCUGUGCAAAAGCCACGUGGCACUAGGACCGUUUUCCCUCUUGCUCUUAUUCUAUCUCCUACUAGAGAGCUUUCGAGUCAGAUACAUGUGGAAGCUCGAAAAUUUGCUUAUCAGACAGGUGUCAAGGUAGUGGUCGUUUACGGAGGAGCACCGAUUAAUCAACAGCUAAGGGAACUGGAGAGAGGAGUUGACAUUCUUGUGGCAACUCCAGGAAGAUUAGUUGAUUUAUUGGAAAGGGCAAAAGUGUCAUUACAAAUGAUAAAAUAUUUAGCGCUUGAUGAAGCUGAUCGGAUGCUCGAUAUGGGAUUCGAACCUCAAAUCCGAAAGAUUGUGGAGCAAACAGAUAUGCCUCCUCGAGGUGAAAGACAAACGAUGUUGUUUAGUGCUACAUUUCCAAGAGAAAUACAGCGAUUGGCGUCUGAUUUUCUUUCGAAUUACAUAUUUUUAACGGUGGGACGAGUUGGCUCAAGUACCGAUUUGAUUGUUCAAAGGGUGGAAUUUGUUCAAGAAAGUGACAAAAGAAGCCAUCUUAUGGAUCUUCUUCAUGCUCAAAGGGAUAUGGGAUCUAAUGGAAAGCAACCUCUUACAUUAGUAUUUGUUGAGACGAAGAAGGGAGCCGAUUCACUUGAACAUUGGCUUUAUAGCAACGGGUUUCCGGCAACAACAAUUCAUGGUGACAGAUCACAACCUGAAAGAGAGCAAGCAUUGAGAUCAUUCAAGAGCGGAAACACACCAAUACUGGUUGCAACUGAUGUGGCAGCACGUGGUCUAGAUAUCCCACAUGUUUCUCACGUGGUCAACUUUGACCUUCCUAAUGACAUUGACGACUACGUGCACCGAAUAGGACGAACGGGCCGGGCUGGGAAAACGGGCUUGGCUACAGCUUUCUUCAAUGAGAAUAACACGUCAUUAGCAAAAGGAUUAGCUGAUUUAAUCCAAGAAGCUAAUCAAGAAGUACCCGCAUGGCUUACUCGUUAUGCCAGUAGACCUUCGUAUGGUGGCGGUAAGAACAGGCGGUCAGGUGGGCGGUUUGGUGGCCGUGACUUUAGAAAGGAAGGCUCUUAUAGUGGUGGUGGUGGCGGCUAUGGUGGAGGUGGAUAUGGUGGUGGUGGUGGUGGCGGCUAUGGCGGAGGUGGAUAUGGUGGUGGAGGAUAUGGUGGCGGCGGCUAUGGUGGUGGCAGUGGUGGUGGCGGAUAUGGUGGCUACAGUGGUGGUGGUGGUGUACCGAGUGCUUGGGAUUAGUUAUUAAACUCACUCCCAAAAUAAAUGUACUGAUGAUAUUUUAUCAGUAUAUUUAUCAUUUUUCGCAGAGAUUUAAGGAUUAUAAUGUGUUAGACAUUUGUUUUGGUAAUACUUAAAAUAUGUGGGUCUGCCCAUUUUUCUUGGAGUUAAUUACAUUUCUAAUCUUUAAGUUUGUUAUAAGUUGGAGUGGUGAAAUGAUAAAUACAAUGAUUGAGAAUGUUUUAUUUUAUUC